UUCCGGGUCGCGCGCCUGCUGGUCGCUGCGGUCGCCCCUCGGAGGUCUCGCCCCAGGCCUGGCGCCCAACCGUUCCUGCGUGGCCGUUUUCGCGGAAGCUGGCGCUUGGGAGCUCCCGGGGCAGGUCUGCGCGGCGGGAGCAGCGGGCUGUGUGCGCGGAGCGCCGGGGUGCUGGCAAUGUCCGUCUUUUUGCUUUGGUUCCCACUAAAGAACUGAAAAGCUCAAUUUUAGAAACCGAGAUUGGUAGCUUCUGUAGAAAAAAGUCAGAUCUGGCGGCACUGGACCCAGACUCCCGGGUGUCGCCCACCACCUAGAGCUGCCCCCUCAGAUGUGCUUCAGCAGGUGAAUGGAUGAACUGGUACAUAGAUAAAACAGUAUUAUGCAGGGAUAAAAGGAAAUGAGCCAGAAGCCACAAAAAUGACACAGAGGACCUCAGAAGCACGUCACCAGGUGAAAGGAGCCACUCUGAAAGCGCCGCAUACUGCUGGAUUCCAGCUCCAUGACGUUCUGGAAAAGGCUCCAACAUGUCCAGGCCCCAGACCCCGGAGCCGACCCUCGAUGGGCAGGGAGAUGCCUCCGUGGGCUCGCCAGACGAGGACGUGGCCGACGGGAUCCAGCACUCGCAUCGCAUGCUCAGCUUCAGCGACGCGCUGCUAUCCAUCAUCGCCACCGUGAUGAUCCUGCCCGUGACCCACACAGAGAUCUCCCCGGAGCAGGAGUUUGACAAGAGUGUCCAGAGGCUCCUUGCCACCAGGAUUGCUGUCUACCUGAUGACCUUCCUCAUCGUGACCGUGGCCUGGGCGGCCCACACGAGGUUGUUCCAAGUUGUUGGGAAAAUAGACGACACGCUUGCCCUGCUCAACCUGGCCUGCAUGAUGACCAUCACCUUCCUGCCGUUCACAUUUUCCUUGAUGGUGACCUUCCCCGAGGUGCCUCUGGGCAUCUUCCUGUUCUGCAUGUGUGUGAUUGCCAUCGGGGUCGUGCAGCGUCUCCCGCAGGCCCUGAUCGUGCUCUAUGCCUUCCACUUCCCGCACCUCCUGAGCCCCCAGAUCGAGCGCUCUGCCCACCGUGGCCUCUACCGGCAGCACAUCCUGGGCAUCAUCAUGCGGGGCCCCGCGCUCUGCCUGGCCGCCGCCGGCUUCUCCCUCUUCUUCUACCCCGCGUCAUACCUGCUGAUGGCCACGGUCAUCUUCCUGCCCUACGUGAGCAAGGCCGCUGGCUGGUGCAGGGCCCGCCUUAUGGGCCCCAGAGAGCCCCCGGCUCACAGCAUGGAGGUCUUCACCUUCGACCUGCACGAGCCGCUCAGCAAGGAGCGGGUGGAGGCCUUCAGUGACGGGGUCUACGCCAUCGUGGCCACUCUGCUCAUCCUGGACAUCUGUGAGGACAACGUCCCGGACGCCAAGGAUGUGAAGGAGAAGUUCCAGGGCAGCCUGGUGGCCGCGCUGGGCGAGUCAGGGCCGCACUUCCUGGCCUACUUCGGCUCCUUCGCCACAGUGGGCCUGCUCUGGUUCGCCCACCACUCACUGUUCCUGCACAUCCGCAGGGCCACGCGGCCCAUGGGGCUGCUCAACACGCUCUCGCUGGCCUUCGUGGGUGGCCUGCCCCUGGCCUACCAGCAGACGUCAGCCUUCGCACAGCAGCCCCGCGACGAGCUGGAGAGCGUGCGUGUCAGCUGCGCCAUCAUCUUUCUGGCCAGCAUCUUCCAGUUCGCCAUCUGGACCACAGCGCUGCUGCGGGAGGGGGAGACGCUGCAACCCUCUGCGCGCUUCGGGGGCCGGGAGCACGCGUUCAUGUUUGCCAAGCUCGCCUUGUACCCCUGCGCCAGCCUGCUGGCCUUUGCCUGCACCUGCGUGCUGAGCAGCUUCAGCACGGCCAUCUUCCACGCCAUGCAGAUCGCGGUGCCCUUCGCCUUCCUGCUGCUGCGGCUGCUGGUGCGCCUGGCGCUGGCCAGCCUGCGGGCCCUGCGGGGGCUGGUGGGGCCCGUGCUUGCCCGGCCGGCGCCCGGGGCUGCGGACGAGGCCCGGUCCCCACUGCUCCCUGCCCCCUGCUAGUGCCGCCCCGCCCCAUCUCCGGGGCCUCGUGAAGAUUCAUGUUCUGCCUCAGACCCUCGGAUUACUUCCACUUUGCAGAGAAGAGUCUCAUGGCAGCUUCACUGUGUUGCUUGUGCCCGUUGUCUGCUCAAGCCAGCAGAGACGAGCCCCAGAGGGCUGGCAGGAGGUGGGGGCCCUGGGGCAGUGGGCCCAGCCCCUCCCUGGACUGAGUCCACACCCCAGUGCAGAGGCCCCAGCAGGCUGCCAGAACACCCACCCACCCACCGCGACUCGCCCCGGGCACAGCGACGCAGGAGACGGACAGCAGCAGGGCCGGAAGACCAGACUCUAUUUGUCCAAGAUAUAAAUUACGGUCACCUUCGGGGGUAGGUUACACACGAGGAAGGGGUGCAGUGCUCACACACACUCUCAGACUCGCUUACACGCAGAGGACUCGUCCACCCGAACCACAGUGACAGACAGCUCCCACCAACCGGUGCAGGUGCAGAGCAAAAGCUGAUUCCACCCCCAGGAAUGCAGGUCCGAGGGACGCACACCGGGCCCUGGAGGCCCGCUGCCCUCGUGCUGCCCACGUCUGGGUAGCUUUGGCACGAGCUGGGCGGGUAUAGGGCUGGGCAGGGCCGUGUCUGAGGUCGAAGCCAGUGUCAAGGCGAGGCCGCCACCCAGGGUGAGGGCCUGGCAGCCAGCCAGCGCCAAGGCAUAGGGACCAAACAGGAGAGGGGCCUCCGGACCCUCCACGCCGGGACAGGGCUCUGGGCCAGCUGGACUCCGGGGCUCUGAGUGACCCGCCUGGCAGCCCAUCUGCGUCCCCCGUCUCCACGUGGAGAAGCACAGAGACACAUCUGCUCAGUGGACACAGAGCCCGCGUGCUAACUGCUGACACACGGAGGGGCGAAGCGCUUUCCCCAGCCAAUUAAACCUCUCCUGCUGCA